AUGUCAUAUUACAAUAGAUAUAGAAAUAAGAAAAGAGGUGGUGAUUCCAACAAUUCCUCUGCCUCUCGUAAUGCUGGUGCCUCUCAUACAUCCAAUCAAUCUAAUAUGAGCCAGUUGUCUCAAGGUGGGUUAGGUGCACCAGAUGCCAUUUUUGAUUUAGGUAAGAACAAAAGAGUCACUGUUAGACAAUUCCGUAAUAUGAAUUUGAUUGAUAUUAGAGAAUAUUAUAUGGAUUCUUCCACUGGUGAAAUGAGACCUGGGAAGAAGGGGAUUUCAUUGACUGAAGAUUUAUACGAUGAAUUGUUGAAACAUAGAUUGAAUAUUGAUGAAGCAUUGAGAAGAUUGGGGUCCAAAAGACCAAGAACAAGAACCAUAGUGUUGAACCAUGAUGAUGACGAUGACGACCAUACCGCUACUUUUAAUAAUGAGAAGGAGAAUAAAGAACCCAAGGAUGGUUCCAAGAGAAUAAGAGACUCAGAUGACAAAGACGACGUGGAGAUCAAUAAAAAAUCAAAAAGAGAAUCAUCAAACAAGAAGCAAGUGGCUCCACCGACUUUGACAAACUCAGAAGAGAAAAAACAAAAUCUGGAACGUGAAGCUAAUGCAACGUUAUUCUUACCUGUUUUAUCCAAACCUUCAAGCUCCACACCAACUCCUCCAGCUUCUGUUUUAAACCCAGUACCACCACCAGUGACCGCUACAAACGCCAUAGGAUCUGCUGAUAGCACCAGUAUCAAGACUGAAAUGACUCCAGAAGUAGGUUUAUCCAAUACAAACUAUAAUCCUAUAACUAAUACAGUUACGACUUCUCAGCCAGCGUCUUCAACAGCUGCUAAUAAUACUAAUGCACAUGAUGAUAAUUCAAGUGACGAAGAAUUUGCAAAGCAUUUAGAAGCAGAAAUGAAUAGAGCAGAUGAUGAUAUCAGCGAAGAGGAAUAG